AUGGCUCCCAAAACUGGCCGGACGAGUGGGGCCAAGAAGGCGGCCAAGGCAACUGCCAAAGCUAAGGCUGAGGCCACGGCGGCUGAGGCUGCCGAGGUGGAGUCUGGGGACUUUGCCAUGGAGACCGGGCGUGAAGCCGUGAAAGAGGCCCUGGACUUUUUGAAGAAGAAGAAGCUCUUUCCGGCUAAGGCGGAGAAGGUCGGCACUCACUCCAUUCUUCCAGAUGCCUGGCAGGGCUCGAGCCUGAAAGAGGCCUCCACAUUCUCAGCGAGCCUGAAGGACGUUUCUGUGGAGACCCUGGAGGUGCCACCGCCUGAGGUGCUGUCUGAAGCGGCCGAGUAUUGGUUCGAAGGGAGGUCUGAUCAGACCUCCCUUUUCGUGUCGGCGACGGUGACGUCUGAUGAGACCAAGUCAGGCGAGAUCGUGCUGUCGCCUGAGGACCAUACCAAGGUUGCGGCCUUGGUAUGGGCCUUCGGCAAGGCGGCGGCUUCGUCUGACAGCGACCUCUGCGAGAAGUACCGGACCGUGGUCAGUCUGAUCCAGGCAUCUGAGGACAUCGGCAAGAAGGCUAUGGAGUGUUCCAAUGCGAUGCCGUUCAACCUCGCCUCGAUCCGGGCCGCCUUGUCAGCACAACACAAGGCCUCCACUCACGAGGAGGUGUUCUUGUUGUUGAAGAACAUCCGCUGGAACGGCGAAGCCUACAAGGUGAAGACAUCUGACCAGGUGCAAAAGCUCACCACUAUGCUUGACAAGACGAAGGCGGCCGGCAUGACUGAGUCGAUGAAGGAGAUGCGGGAGGACAGCAGCCUGAAGGACCAUUUGGGUGUGUCCCUGUCGACCAACACCCACAUGCGUGACUUGAACAGGGACCAGGCGAUGCAAGCGACAGGGAUGCUGCAUCUUCGCUUCGUCGUGCUGGAGCGGCUGAGCCAUCUGCCCAUCCCGGACGAUGCACUUGACAAGAAGACGGCCAUGGAUUUUCAGAAGUCUCUGCAGAGGUGUCUGAAUCCGAAGGAGUGGGCUCAGCAAGGCGGCUUGGUAUCCGUCGCGGCCUUCAGCGAGCCGCCGUACUGCAGUCUGAGUAAAAGGAUUGCAGGAAUGCUCCGGGGCGAUGACGAUGAGCUCUUCAGCACUGCUGUCACUUCCGGGCAGAAGGAGGAGUUUGGACCCAUCCUGGAGCUGCUGACCAGGUACAGCGACGAGUGGAAGAUGAAAUUGGGCCGUCUGAAGCCUGAGCCGCCGCUUGAGACCAAGCCUUCGCGUGAGCUGCUGCCCGAGACGGAUCCGACGACUGAUACGUCUGGGACUGGGACGACUCGCACGGCUGAACAACUCCGCGAAGUGCAGCUCAAGCGGGCGGUGGAGGAGGAAAUGGCCUUCUACAUUCACUUCUACCAAAGCGACAUCAGGAAUCCUUCCGCUGCCUGGGCUGAUGCUCUGAAGCAACAUCAGCUCCUUCAGAAGGCUGAGCCGGUGUUAUUCAUCUUCGACUCCUCGCUGGUCGUUGAAAACGGAGGCUACAGCCGCGUGCACAACGUGUACCAGCGACCGGCCGUCUUCGAGCGUGGCCUGUACGACAACUGCUUCCGAGUGUUCGAGGCGGCUUCCAAGGACGAGGACCGCUGGCUGACCUUUGAUAGCGGCGUGCAGAAGGCCUCGAACACCAUCCUCAAGUCUUUCAGGAAUCAUGGCUCGACGCCCCAGAGCAUUAUUCUGAUCGGAAGCGAAGAAAGUGUUCAAGGGCGGAAAGACUACUUGCGGGAGGAGAGGAACUGCAAACGGCGGAAGACGGGAACCGCUGGAAGUCUCAUCAGCAUCGCCGGGGCCAGGGAGACAAUGUACUUCGGGUGCAAGUCUGACCCGCUGCCUGCCAAAGAGCACAAAUGGCUGGCGACUGAUGGCGUGGUGAGCACCGCCUGUCCUGUCUCGGUGCUGCCGAACGUGCCCUUGCCUUCGCCUGAGAGCCUCAUCCGGGUGACGGUGAGCCAGAAGAAGGUCAUCCCUUUGGUGUGUGGAAAGGGUGUGACCGACAACGGCGGCCAGGUGGCACCGGCUGAGCACGUGGAGGACACCGACACAGUCCCUCUGGUGCACUUCGAGAGGAGCUGCUGGCUGUGUCGCAAGUUUGAGUCCAUUGUCUGGGUGUACCGGAUGCUGCUGCACACGGUCUCGCCCAUUGCCUGUGUCGUGAACUUUUCUCCGGGGUCGGGGUGCCUGAGCGUCGUCGCCGCAGAACAGCGGGUGCCCUGCAUCAACGUGGUGAGGACGCCUGAACAACGGAUGAUGCUCCAGAGCAUCAUCCGGCAGGAGCUGGCUGGUCGCGUCAAGAAUGCCAACGACCAGCGAUUCUACCGCGUGCCUGAGCCGCAGAGGGCUGAGCCUGAGAUGCCGCCUGUCUCGACAGCGGUUGCCUCGCCCGCGGUUCCGGUUCCCCCGCCUGCGACAACGACGGUGCCACCGCCUCAGACAACGACGGUGCCACCGCCUGAGAAAACCACGGAUGUCUCGUCACCGUCUGGUGAGUCUGACAGCAGCUCAGGCGAGGACGUAGAAAAGUAG